GCCGCGGGCCCAGACGUCGUGUCCCCGGCCCGGAGUCUUCAUGCGGACUCCGGGCGCGCCCCGUCCCACGGGACGCUCCCUGGGGCAGCGGCAGGCGGUGCCGGACUGUCCGGAGGUGCGGAGGGCGAGGGAGCCGGCGCGCGGCCCAGCUGCAGGGGCUCCUCCGGGACGGCAGGCGGCGCUGCGCGGAGCAGCCGGGGAGCGGUGGCGGCGGCGGGAGGCGCGUCCCGGCCCGUCCUGCCCUCCGCGCCAUGGCGUCCGCCGUGCCCCGGCUGCUCGGCGCAGGUGUCUGGUCCAGGCCGCUGCGGCCGCGCCUGCUGCCGAGCGCGACCCCGGGGCGACCCCUGCCGGGCGGCAGGACCCUGACGAGCGCCGCGACCUCCGCCGUCAGCGCGCCGGAGAGCAGCACCGAUGUCAGCGACAGGAUCCUCAGUGAGCCCCUCAAGCACUCUGACUUCUUCAACGUCAAGGAGUUGUUUUCCGUGAGAAGUCUCUUCAACGCCCGCGUGCACCUGGGCCACAAAGCAGGCUGUCGGCACAGGUUUAUGGAGCCCUACGUCUUUGGAAGCCGCCUCGGCCAGGACAUCAUCGAUCUGGAGCAGACGGCCGUGCACCUGCAGCUGGCCUUGAACUUCACGGCCCACGUGGCCUAUCGCAAGGGCAUCAUCUUGUUCGUGGGCCGCAACCGGCAGUUCUCGCACCUGAUUGAGACCACGGCCCGGGACUGCGGCGAGUACGCGCACACGCGCUACUUCAAGGGCGGCCUGCUGACCAAUGCCCCUCUCCUCUUGGGCCCCGGGGUCCGCCUGCCGGACCUCAUCAUCUUCCUGCACACGCUCAACAACGUCUUUGAGCCGCACGUCGCUGUGAGAGACGCGGCCAAGAUGCACAUCCCCACGGUGGGCAUCGUGGACACCAACUGUAACCCCUGCCUCAUCACCUACCCCGUCCCCGGCAACGACGACUCGCCCCCGGCCGUCCAGCUCUUCUGCAGGCUCUUCCAGACCACGAUCAACCGGGCCAAGGAGAAGCGGAGACAGAUGGAGGCCCUGUAUCGUCUGCAGGGCCCAGUAGAGCAGGGGGCCGGGGGCCAGGGGCCAGCUGCCCCUCCUUCCCUGGGAGCCUAGGCUGGGCUGGACCCGGGUCCCUCCACACCCCCACUCCUCACCCGACGGAGAGCGGUGGCCCAGCCUGCCGCUACGCUGGGAGCCCCUUCCCUGGCCCUGGUCUCCAGUAGGUUCCCGGUGGCUC